AUGUGGUCAAACGACAACAAACCUUCCGACAAAACUUCUGGUCGUAUGACUACUCGUAUUCCGAUGGUGCGUCGUGAUCCUAUGCAUGCAUCCGCCGAUCCGAGUGUCGGUGCUUACCCAAGAACAAAGACAAGAACCACUUCGAGUUCAUUGUUAGCCAAUAAAAAAUCCUUGCAUCCGGUUCGAAACCGAGAUCGAUUCGGAAUUCGAAAAACUUUGGAUAUGCAAAAAGUGUCAGAAACUGAUGUUCUUGGCCGCAGAAAACCAAAGAAAACGAAAAAGGAUACUAAGCCAUUUACUGGAAAACUGUACCGGGAGAAAACGUUCGGUGUGUUCUCGACGCCGAGCACGUCAGGGCAUGAACGUCCAUCUAACGUACCUCGUAGACGUCUUCAAACGGAUGAAAGUGAUACAUUGGAUAGGGGAUACGUCUCCGAUGUGAAGAGUGAAAUAACACGGAGUUUUUAUCAGGAAAAGGAGGAGGAGUUUAAAGUUGAUCGACGGAUUCGGCCGAAAUCCGCUGGACAAGCUUUGUACCACGCGGACAGUGACGACGAUAGUUCGUUAGACGGGGAAAUCGAAGUGAUCGACAUAGACAACGACGAUACUUUUAUCGUGAUUCAAGACACAGUCGACAGCAAUUUAAAUGUGAACACUAAUUUCGUCUCCGAUCAGCUAAGCGAUAGAAGAAAAUCGUUGGAAACUGUGGGCCAUGCGAACCGUUACUAUGGCAACACGGAAAACACCAGUAAACAUGGCCGCCAACUGAGUGGAAGUGAAUCGGAAAAACGAGACGGUAGAAUCCAUUCAGACAUUAAUCCUCCUAAUUAUACUGAAAAUACUCUAUCUCCUGCAACGUUCGACCGACGACGCGUGAAAAGUGAUUCCUCAGCCCUUCCUCUUCAGGAUAAUUACGUAGACAAAAGACGAGAAAGUGAAACCUUCCAAUCGGACUCCGACGGCACUCGGUUUAUUAAAAAAUCGAACAGCGUUAAUAACAGACAAAAAUCAAAUGUGAAAUCCGAUGCUUUGCAUCCGGAAAUACCGACCGACAAAACCUACGCCCGAGCUGUGGAAAAUGUGCUCACCAAAUACUCCCAUAUGACAGUCCGCGCUGGAAAUAGUUCCGAGUCUAGUCAUCCGGGAAGAUUUGGAAGUCGGGCCGGAGAAAAUCAUUUAUCGCAUGGGCAGCGAGCAUCCUUGCCGAGGAAAUUGAAACCGCUACUUAAUCGUGAGAAAUUAGGACAUGUCAAUCAAGACCAAAACCAAAUGAUCGAUUAUCCAGAUUCGUCUAGUAAAAACACUGCAAGUUGA